CUGUGGAUGACUCAAUGAUCUCUGUACCCCUUUAUGACUUCUCUGCCUUUUUUUGCCACAGACAGGAAAAAUGAAGCUUCUUCUUGUGCUCUGUGCCCUCUGCCAGUUGUUUUUCUCCUCCUCCUCCUCCAGCUCCUGUGGCAUUCAGCACCCCCGGUUCAACAGGACUAAAGCCCACACAUGGGGCCCAAGAUGGAAAGAAGCCCUGAAAGCACCAUGGUUAGUGAACAUCAUCGGCAAUGGCAGGAAAUGCCAAGGAGUACUGGUGAGCAAUUGGUGGAUCCUGACAGCAGCCAACUGCUUCCUCCUGAUGAAGCCAAGCUAUGUGGAGCUGACUGGGGCUUAUGGGCGUUUCUUCACGAUUGCAGUCGACCAGUUCCGGACACAUCGGGGCUUCACCUGGGAUACAUCACCCAAUAAUGAUGUAGGACUCAUUCGGCUUGGCCAUCCAGUUGAUUUAAGAAGGAAAGACAUCUGGCCGAUCUGUAUUCCUCACAAGCAAAGACCUUCCGACACACUGGCAAAAUGUAAAAUAGUUCAACGAGACCGAUCUGAAUCCAGGAGAUCAUUGCUGAAAGAGCUCUUCGUAUACCUUUUGGUGACAUCAGAAUGUGCUGUGCACUGGCCUGACACAACAAAACGAUGGAACUUGUGUCUUGCAAGAAGGACGUCUAACCACAUGGACUGCAAGGUGCCUGUAGGCAGCCCUGUGAUCUGUCGUGAGCCAAAAAAUAAGGGCUGGGAGAUGAUGGGCAUUGUGAGCCAGAGCUUGCAUGACUGCACAGCUCCUGUCCUGGCUUCCCAGCUUGGACCCCAUAUGCGGUGGUUGCUGCAAGAAGGAGCAACGAUGAAUUCUCUUCAUCCACACCGUACCAAGACUGUUGAUCAUACACGGGCACCAUGGCUGCAGGUCAUAGACUAUCUUUCCCAGCAUUUUAGCAAGGAACAUCCUGAAGGACAGUCAUCCAAAACACACCAAAAGCCAUCUUUAAAACCACACACAACUACUAGCCAGCCUUCCCCAGGACCCCUACAAGUGCCUGUAAUGCUCCCCGAUGCAAAACAGCCACCUGAAGUAUCUCAAACAACCAGACAACCAGAGCUGGAAACAACCGUGAUAGCAGAAUGCACAGCAGCAGAAGCUACAGAACCAAUGACUACAACAGCUACCCCUGCUACAACAGCUACCCCUGCUACAACAGCUACCCCUGCUGCAACAGCUACCCCUGCUGCAACAGCUACCCCUGCAGUGUUCUUCACACUUGUAAAUCCUCCGACAGUAAGACAACCUCCCACAGUAGUCACUGAAAUCAUCGUUGUAGAACCCCCAAGAGUCAAGCAACCAGCACCUGAAACAACCACAACAGAUUCCCCACCCCAAACCACUCCAGAACCGCAUGUAAUACUUCUAGUUGCAUCAGUCAAUCAAACACCAUCUGUUGCAACCUCCACACCUAACCAACCAUCAUCUGUAAUACCCACAUCCUCAGCUGCACCAACUGCCGUACCGUUGCCUCAUGUAAUCAUCAUACCUGCUACCACAGAGCUAUCAGAACGGCUGGCAUCUCUAGAGUCUCCUUUGGCCUCUCCGGACGCUAUAAUAGUGCCUCCUACUGCACAGCCCCCUUCAUCCAAACCUCCAAGUGACAUCAAGCAAGGCGGACCUCUUCGUUUCAUUGCAGCUGGGCCACAGUUCCCCAAGAGCAAACGCGAUGAGUCCACAUUUCCUGAUACUUCUGUAUCAUUAGUUAGCCCACCUGCUACGGCCAUCCCUUUCCUUCCCAGCUUGGAACCCUCCACGCAAGUGCCAAUGAAGCAAUGUGAGUUGGAUCUGGCUUGGGACGGUGCCUCCAAUACCUACCAGCUUAACAAGCUGUCAGUUCUGAUGGAAAGCAGAGUGACGGAGCACAGAGUUGAAUGUGGGCUGCGGCCUGGAUUUGUGCCCAAAUGCCCAAGCUGCUCUGAGGCUGAGAUGGGUGAGUUUCCCUGGAUUGUCUCUCUCAAGCUGUCCAUCCAACACUUCUGUGCUGGCACCAUUCUCAAUCCCUGGUGGAUUUUAACCACAGCCAAUUGUGCCAACCUUAUAAAGAAUUCAGAGCAAUUGGCAGAGGUGCAAGCUGGGCUGGUAGACGUCUCAGAGGCAGUGCAGCUAGUGCCAGUCCGCCAGGCUGUGACACACCCUUAUUCGUUGGCCAACCAGGAUAUUCACAACUUGGGGCUUUUGGAACUGGAGAAACCACUACAAUUUGGGCCUCUUGUAGCUCCCAUGUGUCUCUCGGACAAGGCAGAUUCGAUGGAUGAUUUCAGAAAUUGUUGGCUGCCGGGCUGGACUGUGCUGGAGGGAGGCCCCACCACCCUGCUGCGACGUCCCCUAGAUACCCUGAUCACCAGCAAUUGCAACGAGCUUGGACCACAGCUCUCCAGUGCCAUCUUCUGUAUGGAGGCCCAUAGGGGUCAAGGAGGAGUCUGCAAGGGUGAUGUGGGCUCCCCACUGAUCUGCCCUGACCUCAAGAGUGGGGCCUGGCUUCAGCUAGGGGUAUUGAGCAGUUUUGAUGAAGCAUGUUUGCGCCCCUAUGUCUUCAGCAGUCUGUCCAAUUACCUGCCCUGGGUGGAAAGUGUCACACAGAUUCCAGGGCAUCCUGACAACUUUGCAUUUCAGUGGAACCUUAGAAUGCAGCAGGAACCAGAGAUCUUGGUGAAACAGAUCUCAGCGCAAUUCUCCCAGCCUUGGCAAGUACUUGUUGCCACAUGUAGGAAUCGGAAAUGUGGGGGCUCAAUCCUGGACCAGAACUGGGUGCUGACCACAGCACAUUGUGUUCAAGAGGCGGACGAAGAAAACACAGCUGUCUUUGUGGGGCUGACACACCCCAGCGGCUAUGCCAAGGGGAUCCGUGUGGCUGCAGUUCACCCUUAUGAGAGCAAUCUCACUAGUGAUAACAACAUGGCUCUAUUGCUCCUCCAGCAACCCAUCACCUUUGACCCAUAUGUCACUCCUAUGAUCUUCACCGUGAUGAAGUCCUGGCAUAGCUGCAAAGUGAUGGGGCUACAAAUGCUGGAACCUGGUGAAGUUCCGAUUGAUCCCACGGCAUACCCCAUCAAAGUUCUAUCACCCUCGGAAUGUGCCAAGGAACUUCCAGGGGCCAGUCCUGCUAUGUACUGCAUUUUAAGGAACACAGCUAGUCAAUCACCUCCUCUUCCUGCUGUAGCAGAGGGUGCAGCCCUUUUGUGCCACUUGAAGGCCAAAAGUGAGACCUGGAGCCAGAUUGGCUUGACGAGUGAGCCCUUCCCGGGAUCCCAUCCGGUUGUUCUGGCCUCCAGCAUCACCUCCUAUUUGGACUGGGUAGAAGAAACAUCCCAAAAAAGCAAGCAGCUGUUAUCCCCGACCACUGGCAGAGCAGCCUGUAGGCCCAGCAGCUGGGGCCUCCUCCUGAUUCUGUCACUGUUUGGUGGGGCGGAGUUGGGUUGAACGAAGGAGAGGAUGCGAUGGCAACUAGACACUGGAACCAUCUCCAGACAAUGCUCUCCCAGACUUAAAACAAAACCAAAACAGAAUGUGCUCUGGUGGGUACCAAGGGCGCUGAGUGGAGGUUUGGCUUCAGUGGCCUCGCUCACCAUGUUCCAGGUGGCCCCCAGCCGGUAAGGACUUUGGGGUUCUGCCCGUGAGUGCUGGAUGAAGCAUAGCUGAUGCUGCCUCCGCCGCUGGUCAGCCUGGGCUCCGUCUGGAUGGGCUUCCUGGUCUGGAUGAGCUCCUUGGGGCAACGGCGUCACAUGGAGGCCUGUCUUAGGAGCAGCCAAGUCUUGUAGGCUACUGUGGACUUCCCUAUCAGCUCUUACUUCUAUAGCUGCACAAAUAGCAAUUAUGCUAAAAAGGACAGAGACAUUUUGGAGUUCAUAAGGCAUCAUCCUUAGGAUUCGAAGGAAAAAUGUAAGAAAACCAUGGCAUCAACUCUGGAGAAUUUCCAUCCAAUUUGCUGACGACUUUGCAGGCACCUACUGCCUUUUUCAGUGGCACUUGUCUCCCAGCACUAUUCUCCCGUGUGGGAUUUGCAACAAUUGGAACCAUACCCCUGAUUUUACAUAUGUGGAAUAUAAUCUCAUCAUUAAAGCUAUGAAUAAUACACAUAAACACACAUUGCUAUAAGCAAGGCAUCUCCUGAAUGAAAUGACUGGUGAGCAGAUGGAAUGGGAGCAAAAGGGAUACUUCCACAGUGUGGAUCAGUUGACGGCCUGCUGUGGGCCAGAUUUGACCUAAGAACUAUCAGCUGCUGCCUGCUGCCUUAGAGUCACAGGGACCAUUCAAGUCUCUCUCUCUCUUUUGAGGACACUAUGGAAAGUGUGGCAGAAUCACUGACAGCAGGGGGUUGGAGAAGAGGGGAUAGAAGGUAUUCAUCUUCCUGCCUCAUAUAGGUGUGGGGCAGAGGAGACACAAGCAGACAAAUCUUACAGACAUGGAGGGAAAGGUGGGGGAGGAAUACCUGGCAUUCCACAGUGAGGACCCCCAGGGCUGGAAUCUGUGAUUUACCUUCCUUCUGAUCUGCCGUGUAAUGUUAAGUUCCCUCCUCCACACCUUGCCUCUUUCCAGCUUUUAGUCCUGUGUUUCAAGCUGCUGAGACUGUUCUAGUCUCACAGAUUUCCUAAUCCUCUCCAUUUUAAUUAGGGGAGAGGCAAAAUUACCAAAUUUUUAUUGUAGGAGGAAACUGAAAAUGGUGUUAGCACACAGCAGAAUUAGCUCCCAUAUCUGGAGUAAUCAGCGAUAGAACCCAGCACUUCUCUUUGUAAAACCUGGUUCCUCCUCUAACUUGAAUGCCCCCUCCAAGUGGUGCAGCCACAGUAUAAUUCUCCAAAUGACCUGGCCACACAUUACAGCUAAAAGAGAAGGGGAAGCUCACCAGGGCCCUUGCAGGUUUCAGGUCUUUGGGGGUGGGGGUCCUGAGCAGAAGACAGUCAAGGUGGAUGUGCAGUGGAGCACAUCAUGGUUAGCCUGGACCCAAAUGGUUGGGCACACCGCUUGGAAGUCUCCUUCUGGUUUUGCCAGCAAGCUCCUCCAUCUUACAGAGCUACCUGCAAGGGCCCAAAAUGAAGACUGGGGAAUGUCCUGUGUCUGUGGAGGCAGCAAGGACCGGGGCCUCUGAUAUUCUUCUUAUCAGAGAUUUGACUCUGCUGUCGUUUGGGAGAGAUUUCCCAGCCCAAGGAAUGUGAUCUGGGACCUAUACUCCUCUAGGGGAUGUGGGUUCCCCCAUUCCUGAGCUGUUCCCCCCCCCGGUCCCAUCUGCCUUCACCCUGUUUGCGCUCCAGAGAGUGUUGCUAGGAGCCUCUGUCCCCAUGGAACGCCUUCCACAAGCACCUGCUGGCAAUGGGAAUAAUCACAGCCCCCUCCCCUAAUCAGGCUCAUUUCUCUCUUGUCUCUAUCAACAUAUCCUGUUCCCCCAUUAGUGAUGCCCCCUACAGCCCCCUUCCAUGAGGUUGGGGGACCUGGAGCCGUGGGAACCAUUCCUGCUGUGUGUAGCAAGCACACAAGAUGGGGAGGGAGACAGGAAUAGCUCGUGCUUGGGCAGCAAAUCCUAACAAUAAGACUGUAGCAUGAAAAGAGGCAUUUGCACUAGGCUGGGAAAUUUGGACAUGAGAUGGGGGAGGGUAACCCUUCAGCAUGUGUAGGCAAACAAGAUUUCCCCACUCUGCAUUGCUAUUUUUUUCUUUUUAGAAUUUACUUUUUAACUGGAACAUUAUCAGUAGAAGUUCCUAACAUUCUGCAUCUGGUAUGAAUGCUCAGGAACCCAGAAGACUCAGGACUAAGAAAUCACCCCCGGUAUUUAAAAAACACACACACACACAAAGUAUUAUGUCACAGGCAAUAUUUUCUUGUAUGAUGUUUUCUUUAGCCAAUCUAGAAAGGGUGUUGGCUUCCUGUACUUGGGAACAGAGGCCUUCUAGAGGUCAGGUGGUAGUGAGCCUUUUUGGGGAGAACAUCCAUGUAGCCUUUUGGUGUCUUCUGCACCCUUUAAAGAGAGACCUGUAAAAUUUGUGGAAAGCUCAGUGAGAUACACUAACUCAGUAUUUCAACAGCCCAGAGGUUCCCAACCUUGAGUCCCCAGAUGUACUACAACUCCCAUCAUCCUCAGUCACAAUGGCCUUUCCCAUCAUCCCCAGUCACAAUGGGGUUAUGGGAUUUGUAGAACAUCAUCAUCUGGGGACCCAGGCUUAUCUGGGGACCCUGUGUUAGCCGAAGAUAGAGGUAACCCUCACCCUGCUCACAUAAACUGAGCUGACAGGACUCCAUUGAUUCAAACAGGUUGAAGUCUUUACCUAUGUGGAAUAAUUCUAUUGCACAUGGGCAUCUAUUGAAUCAGUCUAAAAGUCCUUUGUUUAUGGGCACAGAUUAUGAGAGAAAUCAGCACCCUUUAUGUAUUAAGAACAUAUUAUCCACAGGGAUGUGAUAUAAAUUGAAAGGAUCACUAUGCCAACUCAUGAAUAGAUUUGCAUAUGACCUAGGUGGAUUGAUUGGUUUCCCUUUGAGAUUCCAUGUACCAUACACAUUGUGUGACUAUAUAACAUGACUGGAUAACACAAGACUGCAUGCAGAUAUGGUAUUUCUUACAAUUAUCUCAUUCUUUUGUAUAAAGUUGUGUGUUGAC